AUGGAUGUCAAAGUAUACGCCAUCAGUGAGGGACGCGAGCCAGGGUACUAUUUCAGCUGGCCGGAGGUUCAGGAACGCACUAAAGGGUACUCAGAGCCAAGAUUUAAAAAGUUUAAGUCCCUCCAAGAGGCCCAAGAUUGGUACAAUGAUCCGAUCCAGUGCACCAGUCGGACACGACGUCAACGCAAGGAAAUUGAUAAUGAACGUGUCCGUCGCCAUAUGCGCUUUCUGAACCGUUCAAUCGCCCUCAAGACGGCUAGAGGAGUCAAAAUUAGUGAGAGCGAUUCGAACGCUAUUAUCGAGGGAUUUGCAGCGUUGAAGAUUGAGAAAGCCAUGACUGUUACUAGAUCCUACACUGGCUUUGACUUCCAGCCCUCUACUUCUCCUUCAUCCUCUUCUCCUUCUUCUCCUUCUUCUCCUUCUUCUUCUCCUUCUUCUUCUUCUUCUACUGUUAAUUCUCUUCCUCCAACCACUCCUUCUCCCUCUCGAUUUCGCUGUAUCUCUUCACCUGCCUCUGGUUCUGGUUCUGGUUCUGCUAUAACCUCUGGAUAUGGCUCCCAAGACGGCCCAUUCCUUCUCGGGGAUGAGGGCGAUUUUUAA